GCGUGCAGCAGAUGUAUCUUAGCAAUCUCUCUACACCACUGACUGUUCCGUGAGUUGGGGGAAAGCAAGUGCUCACCUUAUUACCGGGCGGCUUACUUCUUGACAACAUUCUGAGAAGCACUAUACACGUUGCUCGGAGCACAGGACAACUGGACCUGGCAUCAGGUUGGACAAUAACUAUCACAGAUUGCCCUCCGAGGAUAAAGAAAGCAUGGAAUACCUUGCAGGUGUAUUGUUUACGCUGGCUUUUACUGGUAUGGCUGUAGCCUAUCCCGAUGGCGCUCCCACCCUGGCGUGUGGUGAAAUGUUUCCUACUGGGCAUAAGGCGGACGCCCAAAAUUCCGACGCUCCAUAUACCAUUGGCGUUAGUUCAAACUCGUACGCUAACAGCGCCAAUAUCACUGUCACAUUAGAUGUAAAGGGAGAUAAUUAUUACGAGGGAGUAUUCAUCCAGGCAAGAAUAGCCAAGUGCCCUAACAAUUCAACAGCUAUUGGUACUUACGUGUUUAACAACACUUUGCUCAAGACGAUUAACUGCUUUAAUCAACAAAAGAAUGCUCUGACACAUAGCACCAAAGAAAAGAAACGCAAGCUCGUGUUUACGUGGGUACCGCCAUCUCCAGCUGUUGGAACUGUUUAUUUUAGAGGGACCUUUGUAAAGGAGACUGAAGAGUUUUGGACCGAUGUAUCAUCCGACUUCAUCAGUGACGGACGAACUACAUCCGUUGAACCUGAAAAGUGCAAAGUGAGGACAUCCGGAACCGGAAAACUUAUCACUGCUCAGGCGCAUUACAUUAUUUGUUUCAUUGUAGCCUUUGUUAGUUUUGUCACCAGUACAAGGAUGGCUUAAUAGAGAGUAAGUACGUUCUGACACGUAAAACCUAAUGUCCCUGCCACAACCACGAUUGGAUAUCUUAUCAGCGCGCAUGUUUGCUUAUAGGUCUAUGCACCGCCAUCAAGUAUAUUCUUCCACAAUAUCAUGCAGGGCUCUUUCAUUAACCUUUAGUUAUUCCCAUCAGUCUUCUUUGAAAAUUUAGGGAGACGCCUUCAUGUCAGUUUUUACGUAAUUUUAUGAAAGUGUCUUUUGCUGGAUGAUUAUACUAUGUAUAGCUCUCUAAACGUAUAUACGACACGCGGCUUAGCGAAUGACGUCUGUAUGCUUAUAUGUAUACAGACCGAGUUUUGCCCAGGUUAUAUGCCAAAUGUCUUAUCAUUCAAGUUGUCCAGGUUAGUGACUAUUUACACUCUUUAUCCUUCGUGAUUUACGACAGUUGCUUUGUGUAUACAAGCGGGUUUAUAGAAAAUAUUAUAUUCCCUAGAGCAAAAGUAUAAGGUUUUGUGCAGUUUUUAGCUAUGAAAAUAAGCAACAGAUACAUUUUUAAAAACAGCCAUACUAUAUACUUGAAAGUUCAAGACUGUUUGUAUACUGUAGGUUGUUUGGUCAAUGCAAUGGAUAAUGGAAUGUCUCAAUGAUAUUGCCGAAAAGUAGCUGUAUGAACUGAAUUAAAAAGCAUGCAGCAUUUAAGAUUAAAAGAUUUGAUGUGCUACAAUGACGAGUGAAACAAUUAUUGUAACUGCAUAUAAGUUAACAUGCAAUUAUGCCGGUCAAAAUGGAGGUUAAUAGUAUGUUUGUAUAUACUAUCAGUUUUUGGUUAUUCAAUGAAAAUGUUUUCUGACGUAAUAAUUACAAAUAUUAAAGACUUCAUCGUAGAGAGUAUAUAGCAAUGUGAUAAUUGGGAAAUCGUCACACAUAGCCUGUGAAAUCCAGCAUCAUGUAUCUGCAUGACAUACAGAUAAGGAUCCAAAUGGAGUGUAACUGUAUGUGGACAUUAGUUCAGAGCAAUGCUUUGGGAAAACGUUAGCAAAUGAGUUCGCCUCAUUUUGUAUUAAAAAAAAUCAUGUUGUUUUGUAAAUGUUGACAUAAGUUUGAUAUGUCAACAUUCACCAUUAUGAACAUGAAGAGAUACGACUCUCGCCUCUAUCUGAGGCAACAAAUCCUGAAAAGAUAUCAGGCGGACAGAAGCUCCCUGCUUUAGUCAUCAAAUAAUAUAAGCUUUAAUCAUCUCUACUACUAGCAUGCGGAAAACAAGCGCAAGUGCGCUUGCUCUCUCGCACAUGUUAAGCCUGCAUGGUUCUCGUUCAGACGGCGGAUGACCAAUGGUUGAUCGCUCUAAAAGAACCAGGCUUUAUGAACCCAAAGGUAGCCAGAAAUAUAAAUAUGGAUAUAAGUGAACAGAAACAGAAGCAUACAUUAAAGUAUAUUAUAUAAAGUAUGAAAAGGUUUGCAGGUAUAGCUUCCUUUUGGGUGUAAUGUCGUUUUAACUUUGUGUGUCAUAUCUGCGCAUUAUCUGUGCUUUCAUUUGCUUUUGGUUUUGCUGUAUGUUAGUCCAUUUUCCAAAAAGGUGAAUCUCUGUUAUUUUUUAAAAUAAACUUUAUGUUUGUCCAAAUUA